CUAACGAUGAUGCCAGAAGAUGGCGGACGUGCGCAAGAAUUCGUUGACCUGCACGAUCAGGUUCAAGCCAGCGUGAACUUGCUUGAUUCUCUGGAGCAAUUUCUUUCCACGUUCCAGAAAGAUCUGUCUGCAGUCUCCGGGCAAAUAUCUACGCUGCAGGAUCGCAGUCGAGACAUUGAGAAUAGGUUGAAGAGUCGCAAAAGGAUUGAGAAGCCGCUCUCAAGUCUGCUUGUUGACUUAUGCAUUCCACCGCAAGUGACGACACUGAUCCUGGACACGCCUGUUGGCGAGCCCUGGAUUUCUGCAAUUGGCGAGUUUGAGCGCAAGUUGGACGCCCUGAAGAUCAGGUCGAGAGUCAAGGCUGCCAGAGAUCUCGCUGAAGUAGCGGAAGGACUCCGGAUUGUCGCAGCCACCAAAUUACGCACAUUUUUCCUCUCUCUCCUACAACCUAUACGAGCCAGCAUGACCACGAACAUGCAAGUUUUGCAGACGUCUGUAUUCAUGAAAUAUAGGCCCCUCUUCGUCUUCCUCCAGCGGCAUGCUACUAGCGUAGCGAGCGAAGUACAAAGAGCUUACGUUGGUUCUGCGCGUACCUAUUAUGAAACUGGAUUCCGGCGGUAUAUACGUAGUCUAGGAUACCUCAAGGCGAGAAUAGUCGAGAAGACAGAACCGAUUGCUUCAAAUGUUGGUGAAGAUCCGGAAGAUAUGGAAACCCAAGUUGAUAGGCUUGCAUAUGCUCGGAUAGAUGGGCCAGGAGUCGCUCUUACGUACUUGGCCGAGGACAAGACAUAUCAAGAGCCCAUCGAAGCGUUGCUGCGCUCGAUGCUACUGGUCCUCAUGGACAACGCGACCGCAGAGUUCACUUUCGUCAACAACUUUUUCGCACAGGAACAUGGGCAUACCAUGCAUUCCAAGCAGUCGAGUGUUUCCUUGCAGUCUCCCACGUCACUCCUGUUUCCAAUGGCCGGUGACUACGAUGACACCUUGUCUAACGCGGACUCCGAGCUCAACCUCACCCCUCUUCAACGCGUCAAUAGCAUCGCCAGCGUGAUGUCGGCCGCUGCAGGAGAUAGCUCUACGAAGGAAGACGAAGCUGCAUUGCAUGCUAUCUGGAAGCAGAUCAUGGAUCCGGUGCUGGAGUAUUGUCAGACAUUCAUCAACUCUAUCCUCGAGCCAGCGCCACCUGUCAUCCCACUGCUCACAAUGAUCCGUAUGACAGAAGACGUCAUGAAAGAAGUCCAGAAGCGAAACUGCAGCCCACUCGAAACUUUCAUCUUCACGAUCCGGCUGCAGAUGUGGCCCGUCUUCCAGAAGUUGAUGGCCGAGCACAUCGAUUCUGUGAAGAAGCUGGCGGACGGAGCGACGUCCGGAUACUUCCGUAGAGGUGUCGUUACGACCGAUACCGCCGUAUCCAACAUCUGCCGCCGUUAUGCUGUGACUUUCAAUUCUUUCAUAGCGUUAACCGAACAGCCGGAAGAGACAAUGAUCUUUUCAAACCUACUGCGGCUGCGGCAAGAGCUCACCAAGCUCAUUGCCACCCACACGGACAAGAUGGGUGAUGCUGUCCGGAAAGCUUCAUCACAGUCAACAUUGUACGAAGUGCUGCUGCAGGGACUGAGUCGCGGCCCCACGAGUCACCCAAAGGCACAAAGUGAGAUAGCUUAUUGGCGAGGAAGAGAGGAGGAGGCGCGGAGACGCGUCGCCUCUACGCACAGGCAACGAUAGGCCCUCAGAUAAUACUCGUUACGAUGGGAAAUAUAACGAGUAUUAUAAACUGUGACCUAAUGGUAGGGUGUCACUGAUACAGCUGCAUAGAUACAUGGAUAUGGAU